UAUCCCUCCCUCUGUAUGGGGUCAGUAGUUCGUAACAUCAAGCGGUGCGUAAAGAGAGAUCCGAAUGGACACCCAUCACCAGUCCCAUCCGUCUGUGUGUGUCUAGCCUGAUGACGGGUGAUCAUCAGAUUAAGCAGCAGCAGAGCGACACGUUUUUAUCUCUGGAGGAAAGUAACUGUUGUGGAUCUCUAUAUGACGGUGCGCGCGAGAUCAAGCGAUCUGAUCAUGAAUCCGCACAGAAUAUCUGUUAUGAUGCUUUUCUUCUUGUCUUCUGUUCAUGUCUCGAGCCCAUCGCAGUUCCCCAAUCCGCUCAUGAUAAAAGAGUGGGUAGAUCAACUACAGCAGGAGCUGGUGUCUCUAGCUGACUCAGCCAGCGCUGGAAACCAUCUGAGACAGAUCUUUAUGGAUAAUCAGAAUUAUUUCACUGUGGAAACAAACAACGCAGCACAGCUCGUGGAAACAGCGGCACGGAAUAUAGAGAAUUUUUUGAAGAAGCGAGCCACGGCUCUAGAGACUUUGGCAACUGCAGCCGAGAAUUUUCAAAUGGAACAUCAAUGGAAAGAUGAGUAUGAAGAGGACGAUAUCGUUUACUUUAAUGCCAAGGAUGAUAUGAAAGCCAAUGAAACAGAAGGAAGGAAAAACCGGAUCAGACCUGAAUUUAAAGAGGACCCGUCAUUCAAAAACCGCUUCACUUCCUACAACCAUACGGCUGUGCAUAUCCCCACGGAUAUAUAUGACGGCUCGACCAUAUUGUUGAAUGAGUUGAACUGGACUGAAGCUUUGGAGGAGGUCUUUAAGAGGAACAGAGAAGAGGACCCGACACUACUGUGGCAAGUGUUUGGCAGCGCGACUGGAUUAGCUCGCUAUUACCCAGCUUCCCCUUGGAUGGAUGCUAGGAAAACCCCCAGUAAAAUCGACCUGUACGACGUGCGCCGGCGGCCUUGGUAUGUUCAAGGUGCUGCUUCGCCCAAGGACAUGCUGAUUCUUGUGGAUGCGAGUGGAAGUGUAUCUGGACUGACCCUUAAACUCAUUCAGACUUCUGUCAGUGAAAUGCUUGAGACUCUUUCUGAUGAUGAUUAUGUCAAUGUUGUCCAUUUCAACACAAAAGUGAACAACACCGCAUGUUUCGACCACCUGGUCCAAGCUAACGUUCGCAAUAAGAAGAUCUUAAAAGAUGCUGUGCAGAACAUUACGGCCAAGGGGAUCACCAACUACACCAAAGGCUUCGAGUUUGCCUUCGAUCAACUCUCAAAUCCAGACAACUCCAGAGCAAACUGCAACAAGAUCAUAAUGCUGUUUACUGAUGGAGGAGAAGAGCGAGCAGAAGAGAUCUUCAACAGACACAAUAUUGACAAGAAGGUGCGUGUGUUCACCUUCUCUGUGGGUCAACACAACUAUGACACAUGGCCCAUAAAGUGGAUGGCCUGUGCUAAUAAAGGAUAUUUCUAUGAAAUCCCUUCCAUUGGAGCCAUCCGCAUAAACACUCAGGAGUAUCUCGAUGUUUUAGGCCGGCCGAUGGUCCUCGCAGAUGCUAAACAGGUGCAAUGGACCAACGUGUAUCUGGACGCCCUGGAGCUGGGCCUGGUCAUCACCGGCACGCUGCCAGUGUUCAACAAGACCAAAGACGGGGGACCUCGAAACCAGCAUCAGAACCAGUUGAUUUUAGGAGUGAUGGGGGUGGAUGUGUCUCUUGAUGAUAUCAAAAGAUUAACGCCCCGCUUCAAUAUUGGUCCUAAUGGAUAUUAUUUUGCGAUUGAUCCUAAUGGUUACGUGCUGCUCCAUCCAAACCUCCAACCAAAGAACCCCAAAUUUCAGGAACCUGUCACACUGGACUUUCUGGAUGCAGAACUGGAAAAUGAUAUUAAAGUGCAGAUCCGGACUUUGAUGAUUGAUAGAGACCCUGGAGAGAAAACAAUUGAAACACUUGUGAAAUCUCAUGAUGAGAGAUACAUCGACCGAGGGAUCAGAACGUACACCUGGGUGCCAGUUAAUGGAACGGACUACAGCCUAGCGUUGGUCUUGCCUGAAUGCAGUCUGCAUUACAUCAAGGCAAACCUGGGGAACACUAUAAAACAAGCCAUGUUCUUCGACACCAUUCAGCCGGAGACAUUUGAGGAAUAUGGGUACACCUUUAUUGCACCCAGGGAAUACUGCUUGGACCUGAAAAUCUCGAGCAACAACACUCAGUUUCUGAUGGACUUCAAUGAGCACAUCGACAGUCAAACAGCCAAUGAUUCGCUGUGUAACGUCACUCUUGUAAACCGGUUGCUGCUGGAUGCCGGUCUCACGGCUGACCUCGUCAAAACCUGGAAGGAGCAGAUUGUAGAUGGAGUUUCGGCCCGGUUUGUGGCUACAGAUGGAGGAAUCACACGUGUGUAUCCUAAAAGUGCUGGUGAAGAAUGGUGCGAGAACUCAGAGACGUAUGAUUCCAGUUUUUACAAAAGGAGUCUGGACAAUGACAUAUACAUCUUCACUGCCCCAUAUGUCAACAAGAGCAGAGAGUCUGGAUACGAGUCUGGUAUAUUGGUCAGUAAAGCAGUGGUCUUGGAAAUGAAUGGAGCAAAACUCAAACCUGCAGUGGUGGGAGUCAAACUCAACGUGUCCGCCUGGAUGAACAGCUUCAUAAAUGCCACCACAAAGAAAAAUUGCAAGGAUGAGAUCUGCGGGUGUCUCAGGAAUGAUAAGCAAGUGGACUGUGUGAUUCUGGAUGAUGGUGGGUUUCUGCUCAUGUCCAAUCAGGACGAGUAUAUCACACAGAUCGGUCAGUUCUUUGGUGAAGUGGACCCUGUUCUGAUGAUCGCCCUUGUCAACACGUCGCUCUUCUCCUUCAACAAAACCUACGACUACCAGUCAGUCUGCGACCCGGAGAGAGAAACUAAAGCUGCAGCCGGACUCCGAUCCAUCUACGUGCCAACUAUAGCAGACAUGAUAACUGUAGGCUGGUGGGCCUCCACUACCAUCUGGUCAAUUUUGCAACAGCUUCUCCUCAGUUUGACUCUCCCAAACAUCAUGGGAACAGCAUACUGUGAAGAUGACCUCUCGGACGCGUUCUCUAAAGAGAGCUGCAUCACCGAACAGACUCAGUAUUUCUUUGAGAAUGACAACAGAUCUUUCUCUGGAGCGAUGGACUGUGGAAACUGCUCCAGAAUGUACCGGGCGGAGAAGCUCCCAAACACAAAUUUGGUAUUUUUGAUCUCUGAUGCUAAGAGUUCCUGCCUCUCCUGUGAUCCCAAACCCCUGAGACAGGCGGAGCAACCCUCUAAUGGUCCAGACCCAUGCGUGCUGGCACAGAAUCCUCGGUACAGGAAAGGUCCAGAUGUCUGCUUCGAUAACAAUGCCAAUGAGGACGUGUCUGACUGUGGUGGCGGCUGCAGUUUGAGUCCGUCUCCGUGGCCAUUGCUCAGUCUUCAGCUCCUUCUGCUGUGGCUGUUUACUGGAACCAGAACAAAUUUAUCCUGACCAAUACGAGUCUACAGACUGGACACAACACAACUACUGACUGAACUCAAAUGACCACAAUAGUAGCUUCAACUUCAGCCUUCAUUAACCGAAAUCGACUAACCCAAACACAGAACUCUACCUUUAAAAUGGACUCGUCAUCUCACUGCCAAAUACUACAGUCUCAGAUCUACCAGACACUAACAGCAUCAGUCAGACACGAGAGACGAUAUUUGUAUUUAUUUGUACAACACAGCACUCUACAGCGUUUUCAUGUGUUGCCCAUCACGCAGGAAUAGACGAAAUGGACUUUUGUUUAACUUGUAAUGUUUCGACAGCGUUUUAUGCUAUUGUGCAUCUAUCCUUGAUGAAACUGUGACUUCAGGUCCGAAUCACGAGUCUAAAAUAUUAACUUAUCUGUGCAAUCCACUUUAUAUCAGAGGGAAUGGAUCAUUUUGCACCAUUUUAGCGGAAUAUUCCAGGUGCAAUACAAGUUACGCUCAAUCGACAGCAUGUGUGGCUUUAAUGUUGAGUGCCACAAAAACACAUUUCGACUCGUCCCUCCUUUUCUUUAAUAAAAGCACAAAUGUGUGUCGCAGUGGGACAUGUCUUAUGCAAGUCAAUGGGGUUUAAUCUGUACACUGUUUGAAAAGUGUAGACACAAGACGUGUGUGAACAUGAUUUCAGUGUGUUAAAAUCGCUCUCUAACCGCAUCCGUGUGAAGUUAAAGCCAAUUUUACAACUUCUUUGCUUCGUUGCGUUCGGCAACGUAAUACCGGAAACCCUUAAACACCAAAGCAAACUUUACAGCUCAAAUAAUACAGAAGAAUUAAUAUGAGUGCUAUUAUACAUUUAUAAGCUUCACUUUUCUGCGUUUAAACCUCCAUUUUUUAAUUAUUUUCCCCAUUGACUUCCAUUGUAGGUGCGUCACUGGAACUUCCAUUUUAGCUUUUUUUUAUAGAAAAAGAUGGAAAGUGACAUUUUACCACAAAUGCACGUCAAGCAUAAGUUUAGCUUAACCUGUAUUCAACACAAAUAUUCCUUUAAUCAUUCAAGUAGACAUAACGUCCAAUACCGUUACGUACUAUAUCGCUAUUUUACGCUAUCUAUAAACAUUUGAAGUGUGUCGAGGUUAUCUAGUCACAUGGUGCUCCCACAAUGCUCUUUAAUCAGAUUGUAUGACCCUUGAAUAAAAGGACAACAAACAAAAGCCCCCUGAUGUAGAGGAAUGAGUUUAUUUGAUGUGUUCUCUUCAGGGCUGCCACGUGUCCGUGCUGCUGAACGUGUUUACUUCUGCUGUUAAUGGCGCUCGUGUGCCAGAAAGUGUUUUUUUCCCUCUGAAGUUACGCUUCUUUUCCUGAGUGUGUAUCAAAGUCGCUCUUGGUUUGUGUGUUCAUUGGCUGGGGGCGGAAAGAGGGCGUGGUAUGUGACUCUGAAGCCCCGCCCAUCGCACUUGGUCGUGCUUACAACUCUCUAUAUAUAUAUUCUUUUGUGGAACUUGACAAGCCUGAAACAAUUUUGUAUAUGUUUGUACAAUAACGUUGUUGAAGAAAAUAAAACGAAAAAGUUUGUAAAGUUUACAUGUGUAAGUUUAACAUUAUUAAAUGUGGGCUAAAGUUGUUUUAUUUAACUGCUAUUGUGAAAUAUCAGAAACAUAAAUGUGUACGUUUUGCUACAUUCACACGACUAAUCCACACGCCGUUUCUCUUCAGCUUAAUCACGUUAGGUGCUUUAUAUGCUGUUGUAAAGCGCACAAGACGUGACCGCUACAGCCAUUAU